AUGGUCUUUGGAUGGAUAAGUACAACGCAGGAAGCAGAAGCCAGAGGACUCGAACAGAGAAUCUAUUUGCUAAUGGUCUGCAAGACUGGUAUUCCACCAACUUACUUACCUCGAUGUUUAAGGAUAGCAGAUUUGGGUUGCUCAUCAGGGCCCAACACCUUAAUGGUGAUCACAGAGAUCAUUGAGGCUAUCGACGAAACAUGUAAUCAGUUAAAUUGUAAUAUGCCUGAAUUCCAAGUGUUUCCCAACCAUCUUCCAAGUAAUGACUUCAACACCGUUUUCAAGACCUUACCUGCCUUCUAUGAACAACUAAAGAAGGAGAAGGGUGAAAAGUUUGGGCCAUGUUCCAUCUCAGGGUUACCUGGUUCUUUCUAUGAGAGGCUCUUUCCAACCACUACUAUAGACUUCUUUCAUUCCUCUUUUAGCCUUCAUUGGCUCUCUCAGGUUCCUCCAAUAGUUGAGAGUAACAAGGGGAAUGUUUACUUGGCAAACACGACUCCUCCUAGUGUACUCAAAGCAUACUUAGUGCAAUUUCAAAAGGAUUUCUCCCUAUUUCUUAGUUUGCGCUCUAAGGAAAUAACAUCUGGAGGGCGAAUGGUUAUAAUAAUGUUAGGCAGGAGAAGUGAAGAUCCCUUUGGCAAAGAGGGUUACGUUUUGGAGCUCUUAUCUAAGUCACUAAAUGACUUGGUCUCAGAGGGUCUUAUUGAAGAAGCUAAAGUGGAUUCAUUCAAUUUGCCAAUCUAUAUGCCUUCUAGUAAAGAAAUAGAAGGUAUAGUUUGUGCAGAAGGAUCGUUUUAUAUUGAUCAACUAUAA